UCACUUUGGAUCUGUUGUUGUCUACACAGAAAACGCGGGAUGUGUACCCUGUUUUAUUGUAGAGGCACAGAAAAAUUAAUUAAUUUGAGAUUAAAACAAUGAUUUUAGUGUGCCCCAGAACUGUUUGUAUGGAAUUUUAGACUAUUCUUAUUCAUAUUCCUGAUAAUAGUAAUUUGUGUGACUAAAACAUUUGUUAUCGGGAUUUCCAGCUGGCAAGUCCCCGAUUAGAUUUUGAUUUUGGUUACUUAUUCAAGUAUAAAUGACUGUCAAAAUGACAACAUAGCCUAAAAAAAAAAAAAAAAUUCACAAACACAAUGGCAACACCAAGGAAAAGCAAAUCAUCCACAAGAAGGAGUAAAGGUUGGCUUUCCGUCGUCAUAAAAUAAGCAAAAAUAUAUGUAUUGAAUCAUACAACUGCAUCAAGCAUUGCUAGUAAUAAUAUGAACAGUUAUUUGUUCUAAUAUAUCUAUGGUUGUGCUAUGCACUCAGUAAAAUAAUUUGGAGCUGACGUGCCAGUGAGUAUUUAAUGAGUGGUCCUCCUAAAAUAAAUGCUUUUUUUAUGAAACAAAGCUUUGAUAGUUGAAUAUCAAUGUGCAUACCUAAAUGAUUGGCAUGAAAAAAUGAACACAGUUCAAGCAAAAUGCAAAUAUAGUAGCAAAUACUGGUCAGCACUAUCAAAACGAAUAAAACCGAGUUAUGGGGUAGCAGAGAAAGGGUGGGGAUAGUUAUUUGGACAUUACAAUGUGGAGCAUUGGCUGGAGCAGACCAGAGAUAUUGACUAAUUGCACAACACAUAUUUCUUAUUGUGCCUUGUUUAUUAAGAUGAAAGGAGUAAGUCCAGACGGUUUGGGAAUGUCAGCUUAGAAGUUCAUCCAGGAGGACAGAUGAAUGUUUCUAAUCCUCAAAUUGGGCAAGUGCAUAUACACCAAGACAUGAGAUAUUUCAAUAUUUCUUCUCCUAAUAUUGGUGUCAUGACACGUCUGCGGCACAGGAGAGAAUUGAGAGGAAAUGAUGACCAGAGUCUUCAAGAUGCAUCUAAAAGGGAACAUGUCAUGGAAAUGUUUAGCAGAGAAGAGUUACAGAGAUUAGUUCAGGAGAAAGAUAUCAAUAUAGCAGCCUUCAACCUUAGUGAUGAAAGCAGGAUUGAAAGACUGGGGAGAAAGCUAUCACUUGCAUCAGCUGAUGUAGACAGAAUAAAAGAAGACUACAGGAACAGGGGUUUUAAAGAAGUUGUCUUUCAAAUGCUUCUGAGUUGGAAAAGAAAGGAUACUAAUGUGACCAUUGAGGAUCUCGUGAAAGUACUCUGUGAUAGUAAAAUGGAGGAAUGUGCCAUUGCUAUAAAAUCCAGUAGCUAGCUUGAUAAAACUGUCUAGACCCGAAGCAUAAACUGUUCAUGCUUACCUUUGAGAAAUUUUCUAUGAAAGGUUUAGGUUUUAGAGUUUACUUUCAAUAGUAGUGACUAUUUGUUGAUAUUUUGAAACAUUAUAAGUGAAUGUAUAAGAAAGUUGGUUAUACAGAAAGUGAAUUAAGAUAGGCCAUUCUUUUGAUUGGAAUGUCAAUGGCCAAAGAGCAAAGCAAGACAUUCAUUAUGUUGUAUUCAACCUCUAAGCAACCAGAUAAUAGAAUAAAGGUGUGAAAGAUCAAAAAGAAUGCAAGAAAUAAGUUAGGUUUUGUUAUUAACAGGGAAAAGAUAAGCACCUGGUGUUUUGGGUCAAUAAGAGCAAGUCCUUAUGGAAAGAGGGCAGGCAAGUCUGAUAGAGAAGAGGCUUGUGAUUGUUUAUAAAAAAGAGAGUGUGUGUAAAAUCUUUUAUCUGUUAUAUAAAAUAUUUUAACAGCUGAAAGAGUUUUGUUUAAAAUAAGGGUACUCUUUCAAUUUAUAAGGCAUUACCAUUUUUAGGUUUUUUUUUUUAAAGCCCUAUGAUUUAUCUUAAUCCUCUCUAGACAAGUAACUGCAGUGGCACCAUAGAGGGUUUCUGUACUAUUUAAAGAGUUAAAAUGUUUUGCAGCAAGGUUUUUAGAUUUAUGUUCUUGAUCAUAAGCUAUUUGAAUGUGAUAUAGAGAAAAUGUUUUAGCAAUGCUGUUUUGCUGCCAAUUUGAUUGUAAAAGCUUAGAAUAGAUAUAUAUUCCAUUGUGUAGGUUGCUAUAGAAAAGUUUAUUUUUAUAUGUUGUACUCAGAUAUUAAUGGGUUCAUGGAACCUUUGAAUUUAUCACAGCUUUUCUGGAUUUCCCUGGUAUAUAGCAGAAGCCGAAACUACUGCAGGGAUAUGAGGCACAGAAUGACUGGGUUAAAUGAAAUCCAUAGCUGCUUAGCAGUCUAAACAUACUAAGUUUGGACCCAACAUAGUUGCAAUGUAUAAAGGUAAUAGUAUUGCAAUACAUGUAUUUGUGAUAAGGAUAAUAUUUAAAAUUUUGUUAAAACAUGGAGAGGGAAAACAUCUGCAUAAUGCUUAUGAAAAAAAAAAAAUAAUUCUGUUUAUGUGUUUUUGCUUGGGUGAGUGUAUGUGCAUAUAAGUGCACAGAAAAGCAUGUGAAACUGGCAUCCACAGUUUCGUCUUCCAUAAUAUUUUUUUACAAAUAAAAUAAAAAGUUCGUAUGA